AAGUUGUUGGAAAAUAAGUCCUGGGAAGAGUAUUUUAAGGCAUUUUGUGAAGAAUAUACCACCCGUCGGAAUUCCGGCGGUUGCUUUUUAUACAAAGUUCAUGCAGGAAUUCCGGAUGAAAUCAAACAGGUUAGAGGAACGUAUGUAGACCCAAGACUCGUAAACUAUAUAGCAAUGUGGGCUUCUCCAAAAUAUUGCAUAGCAGUUGGAAAAAUUCUGGACUCCAUAGACAAGAAAGUUCAUGAGAAAUUAGAUGAAGAAGAACUUGAAGAUACAGUAGAGAAUGCAAAACCUUUGUUCGAACAAGAAGUUAGAAAAAUGCAUGAAAAACAAAUAGAACAUGAACGUGAGAUAUGUUCUGGUUAUAGAGACUCUCCAUACGAACUAGACCAAUGGGAACAAGAAGAUUUAAAGAGAGAAUUUAGAGAAUAUGAACUCGCUAAAGUUUCAUUAGAAGCUGCAGAAGAGAGGUUAAAAGUUUGGGGUCGUUUUGUACAAAAAUAUUGUGAGUAA